UCGCUGCUCCGCCGUCCCGAGCAUUUCCGCCGGGGCAGCGGCCGACGGCAGCCGCCGGCGGUAAAGGUUCAGGUGGGCUCCUGAGCUGGGGCAGCGGCCGCUCGGGGCGGAGGCUGCCCGGGCACUUCCCCGAGGGUUCCCCUGGAGAGCGGCACAGGCUCUCCGUUCGGUUCGCCUGCCCGGCCGUGCCCCUGGGAGGGCGGCGGGAGCCAUGCCCGGGAUGCUGCCCCGGGCACUGCCCGCCUCCCUCGGGCGGGGCUGCCUGGGCCGCUGGCUGCUCGCCACCCGCGGCUGGGCGCUCCUGGGCACCGGCGGCGGGACCGGGUCCUGCUCCUGCCCGAGGUGGCGGCACCAGCCCCCGCUGCUGCUCAGGGCCGCCCGGCAGAGCAUCGGGACGCGGGCAGGAGGGCUGAAAGCUGCAAAACCUGGCGGUGAUAGCAAAGAUGUGUCCGUGCAAAGGGCGCUGAACGAGGAAACGCUGGUGUCGGCGGCUCAGAAAGUGAAAGAAGCUGGAAGAGACUUUACCUAUUUUAUUGUGGUGCUUGUUGGAAUUGGUGUUACAGGUGGUUUGUUCUAUGUGAUUUUUAAAGAGCUAUUCUCUUCUUCUAGUCCAAAUAAGAUCUAUGGAGAUGCCUUGGAGAAAUGCAGAUCUCACCCCGAGAUAAUUGGUGUUUUUGGUGACUCUAUCAAAGGUUAUGGAGAGGCAACAAGAAGAGGAAGACGACAGCAUGUCAGUCACCUUGAAUACGUAAAGGAUGGACUGAAACACAUGCGUUUGAAGUUCUAUAUUGAGGGCACUGAGUCAGGGAAACAGGGAACAGUGCAUGUGGAAGUCAAAGAGAAUCUUGAAACGGGAAGAUUCGAGGUUCGCUACAUAUUUGUGGAUGUUGAGACCUAUCCGAGAAGAACCAUUGUCAUAGAGGACAACAGAUAGCCAACAAUCAAAGCUGCUGCCUUAUCUCACAUUGGAUAAUGUUGUUGUAGCCAGUCUACACAUGAAUUGUGUGCUGUUGCCAAUUGUGUCUCGCAGCUUCAGGGCUGUGUUACGGGAAGCAGCCUCUCAGGGCCUCCACUAAGGACUUUUGAUAAUAACAGAUAUGGGAUUUAAAGUGAAAUCAAUGAAAUAUAGCAGAACUAUCAUGGCUGAUAUUCUUGACAUAGGACAAUAAUGCCUCCUAAUAAACAGUUUAAUGCUGGAUAAUACUUCUGCACACCCAAAACCUGACUUUUCCAAGGUUUUGGGUUCGGAUGGGGAGAUUUUUCUCUUCCUUGGCUUGGAUUUCCCACUAUCACUGCAAUAAAGAAAGAGGUAGCUUGACUGUAGACAGAAA